UAAACAUUUCUCCUCGAAACCCUAAAGUACCAAAGAAAAGAAACAAAAGCAAAUCUUUCUUCUUCAUCCCCAUCGUAUGGCGAUAAUGAACCAAGAAGAAGAAAAUACAGAGAAGAAGAGGAUCAACGAGAUCGAUGAAGACGAAGAAGAAGAGUUGGAGAAUAAGAAGAUGGAGAUGUUCUUCAAUCUCAUCAAAAACUAUCAGGAUGCUAAGAAACGAAGACGACGAGACUUAACUCAAGAUUCCGGCGACACUGCUUCCGUUCCAACCAAGAGAUCCGACUACGGCAUUGUUCCUGUAUUCCGUGCUGAAGAUUUUUCUCACUGUAUGGACUUAAACUUAAAGCCAUCGAAUUCGGUUAUCCCCACCAAGAACCAACAAGAAGAGAAGCAAGAAGAAGAAGAAGAAGAAGAUGAUGAUGAUGAAGGGGAAGAAGAUGAUGAUGAAGAAGAAGAAGUAGAGAAGGUCACAAUAAAAGAUAAUGGUUUAGAUCUUAAUCUUGCAUUGUAAUAGUACACUCUGUUUCUUUUUUGUUCUGUUUCGUGAAUAAGAAGAAAACUUU